UAUUUUAACUAAUCCCUCCCUUGAUCCCAUAAUAUCAUUAGUUUUUCUUGCGCAAUUAUAUAUAACUUCAAUGCAAGAAGCAAUCCCUUAUAAGUCGUAUUCGACAGCCGCCGCGUCCGGCAGCCCUUCCCCCCUUCGGAACUUUCUCGAUGAUGGCGGGAGACUCGUCACCGAUAGUGGUGCUGAGAAUGGUAUGAAGAAGCUGGUUGAGGAGAAUGCGGUGGUGGUUUUCGGCAGACGUGGUUGCUGCAUGUGCCAUGUCGUGAUAAAGUUGCUGCUAGGGCACGGCGUGAAUCCGGUGGGGUUGGAGGUCGACGAAGGGAAAGAGGAGACGGCGGUCGUCGAUGAGUUGUCGGGAUUCGAUGGUGGUGCCGGGAUUCAAUUCCCGGCUGUUUUCGUGGGAGGGAAGUUAUUUGGGGGAUUAGAUAGGGUAAUGUCUACUCAUAUUUCUGGUGAAUUGGUGCCGAUUCUGAAAGACGCCGGCGCUUUAUGGUUAUGACUUUAUGAAUCUAUA